GCGGCGCCUUGUGAAAAGGGCAGUCCGGGGCGGGGCUAGCGCGCGUGUGACGCCAUCACGCUGCGCCCCAUGCUUCGCCCGCCUAGGUCCGAAUAGUAGAAUCCAGAAGGUGAGCGAGGCUUCCAGGUGCUCAGAGACCCAUAAUGUCAGUAAUCCGUACAUCCGUCCAUGCCAAAUGGGUCGUGGGAAAGGUGAUUGGCACAGCCAUGGUAAAAACUGCUAAAGUCAGAGCAACCAGACUUGUUUUGGAUCCCUACUUGCUAAAGUACUUCAACAAGCGGAAAACCUACUUUGCUCACGACGCCCAUCAGCAGUGCUCCGUCGGGGACAUCGUGCUCCUCAAAGCUCUGCCGGUUGCGAGGUCAAAGCACGUGAAACAUGAACUGGCUGAGAUCAUUUUCAAAGUUGGCCAAGUUAUCGACCCAGUCACAGGAAAGCGCUGUGCGGGGACCGCCUUCCUAGAAAAUCCACUCAGUUCAGAAACUGCUAACCCAAGUAAAACUCCAGAAGAACUCAAGGUGUCUUCCACCUAGGGAAGAAGGAGCCAAAGGGAUUUCUGUCUUUAUGUCUCCUCUCUGACUUCCGUCACUAGCCGUCCAGUUUCCCUUGUGACAUGAAUGAAAUAGUAAAGUAAAUGAAACAAAGAUCUUGCGGUGUUCCAUAAAGGUUGAUGUUAUGUUUCA